ACAUUGAUGAAAUAAAUAGCAGCGCGAGGGUGUUUCUUCUCUUCGACGCAGUUUAAGCGCGGGACCGCCUGAACGUCACUUCCUGUCGCUGGUUGUGCAGGGAAUGUUGUAUAAUGAUUGAACGCAUAUAUAAACUCGAGCUGUCGCCGCGGACGCCACUCCUCUGAUGUCUGUAGAUGAUGAAGAUGAUGGACGAGAAAGAGCCACGCGUGGGCAUGCGCGUGACCUGUGAUGGACACCGAGGGACUGUGCGAUAUGUGGGUCCGGUUCCGCCCACAACAGGCGUGUGGCUGGGAGUGGAGUGGGAUGAUCCGGAGAGAGGGAAGCAUGAUGGGAGCCAUGAAGGAGUGCAGUUCUUCACCUGCAGACACCGGACCGGCGGCUCGUUCGUGCGGCCCGCUAAGGCCCAGUUCGGGGUGGAUUACGUGACGGCUGUGAAGCGCCGCUACGAGGAUGAGGGAGAAGAGAUGCAGGUCUCCAGCAGGACCGUCGUCAUGGUCGGCUUCGAGCGAGUGCGGAACAAAGAAAUGAUGGAUCAGCUGACUGAAGUGUGUCUGAGGAGAUGCGAGGUGUCCGGGCCGGGCCCGCAGAACCAGAUCAGGGACACCACGCCUCAUGUGGAGUCUCUGGAUCUGUCGGGGAAUCUGCUGGCCUCAUGGGAGGUUCUGGCGGCCAUUACGGCUCAACUGGAGUCCCUGCGGGAGCUGCAGAUCAGCCACAAUAGAUUGAGUCUCUCCGGCGACCCGAGCCUCUUAAGCCCCGCCUUCUCCUGUCUGACACUGCUGUCACUCAACAGCUGCGCACUCACCUGGACUCAGGUUCUCCAGUGCGCCCCCAUGUGGCCGCAGUUAGAGGAGCUCUAUCUCUCUGAUAACGACAUCACAGAGUUAACGAGACCUGAUGCUCUGCUGCGCAAUCUCAGAGUUCUGGAUCUGUCCGAAAACCCGAUCCGGCAGGAGACGCUUCUGGAGCUCGCACACUUACCCUGGUUGGAGAAGCUGAAUCUGUCCAGUACUGGUUUCUCUGCGGUUCACUUCAGCGAUGCGUCAGCAGGCGACGAGACGGCGGCGUUCCCGGCACUGAAGACUCUGUCAUUAGACGACAACAACAUCUCAGAGUGGUGUGUGGUGAACGAGCUGGAGAAGCUGCGUUCUCUCGUUCAUCUGUCGUGUCGCAGGAAUCCUCUGCUUCAGAAGGAGAAGAACCCGGAAACGGCUCGUCAGAUCAUCAUCGCUCGGCUGGGACGCCUGACGCUGCUGGACAUGAGAAAGGUGGAGAGUGACGAGAGGCGGGGAGCGGAGCUGGAUUACUGUAAGAUGUUCGGGUCGGCGUGGCUUCGGGCCGGAGGCGUCAGUGACCCGGAGAAGCUGAACACACACUUCCUGUCGGAUCACCCACGCUUCCUCUCGCUCAUACACAAGUACGGCGCUCCAGAUGAGGGCGAGCUCAGAGAACAGAAACCCUUCGCUCUGAAACACCAGUUAUUAACCGUGACCUUCCUGUGCCCAGAGGAUGCUGGGAGGAAGCCCAUUGAGAAGAAGCUGCCAGAGUCGAUGAUCGUUCAGAAGGUGAAGGGGCUUUUACACCGACAGCUCAAACUCCCUGCAGUCCGACUGAAGCUCAGCUACACCUGCGCAAAGUUGGCGGGUCGAGAGAUUGAGAUCGACAACGAUCUGAAGCCGCUGCAGUUUUACUCCGUGCAGGACGGCGACAGCAUCCUGGUGCGCUGGAGCUAAGCAGCCGCAGGGCAUUCUGGGACGCUGGAGGCUUAUAGACUGAGAUCUGAAGAGCUGAGCAGCGAAACACAAGAGAUCGCCUCCAUAUAAAUCAUCAUCAUCAUCAUCACCUCUAUAACAGCAGAAACUCUCCAGUCUGAGAUCCUUCAGUGUCUGUGCGGAUCAACACACACUCACUCUCUCACACACACACACACACACACACACACACACACACACACUUAUAUUCACAACAAUGGUCUUUUUAAUUGAAUAAAUUGAGUAUAUAUAUAUUAGUGAUAUAAACUGUCAUGUUUAAGUUAAGGUUCAUCACUUUUUCCAUGUUACAGAGAGCAACUGUGAAUUGAAGAAGUGCUUAAUUUUCACUAUUCCAAAAUAUCACAAUUUAAAGAACAUGAAUGCUCAUAUUUAAAAAAAAAAAGUGAAUGUGAUGCAAGCAGUCUGCGUAUGUGUUUUCAUUUUAAAAUGAUCCUGAUGUGAUUCUCCAGUCAGCAGAUGAUCUCCCUCUGGAGCCGCUCGUCUCGAACACAAAUAUUUUUUGGUCAAAAAAAGAAAAGUAUUUUGUACUUGAUUGGAUUGAAUGUACGUGUGAAACAAUAAAAUCUCUAAUUUGAUAUUAA